AUGGCGACGAAGACUUCCAACGGCGGUUCUGGAGCACAAACACCUCAGACCGCAGCCCAAGUGCAGCCUUGUAGAUACAAGACGGGGAAAACACUAGGUGCAGGCAGCUACUCGGUAGUGAAGGAGUGCGUGCACAUCGAUACGGGGAGAUAUUAUGCUGCGAAAGUCAUCAACAAGCGACUCAUGGCUGGCCGAGAACACAUGGUCAGGAAUGAGAUCGCGGUCCUUAAGAGGGUCUCUAUGGGUCAUAGGAACAUCCUGACGCUGGUCGACUACUUCGAGACCAUGAACAAUCUUUAUCUCGUUACCGACCUCGCGCUGGGAGGCGAACUCUUCGACCGCAUUUGUCGCAAAGGCAACUACUACGAGUCCGAUGCUGGCGACCUCAUUCGGGCCACGCUUUCCGCUGUCGCAUACCUUCACGACCACGGCAUCGUACAUCGAGAUUUGAAGCCAGAGAACUUGCUGUUCCGAACACCAGAGGAUAACGCUGAUUUGUUGAUUGCUGACUUUGGCCUGUCUCGCAUCAUGGACGAGGAACAAUUCCAUGUUCUAACCACAACGUGCGGAACUCCAGGAUACAUGGCACCUGAGAUUUUUAGAAAGACUGGCCACGGCAAGCCAGUUGAUAUCUGGGCUAUUGGUGUUAUCACGUACUUCCUUCUCUGCGGCUACACUCCUUUCGACCGCGAUAGCAAUCUCGAGGAGAUGCAGGCCAUCUUGGUCGCCGACUACUCCUUCACGCCUCUGGAAUACUGGCGAGGCGUAUCCCUUACCGCGCGCGAGUUCAUCCGCCGAUGCCUGACUGUCGACCCUGCUACACGAAUGACCGCCCACGAGGCCCUCUCCCACCCUUGGAUCACAGAGCUGGGCAAGAACAACGCAGAUGGAGAGGAGGAUCUGCUACCUACCGUCAAGAAGAACUUCAACGCGAGACGCACACUACACGCUGCCAUCGACACGAUCCGUGCUAUCAACCAGCUGAGAGCAGGUGGCGCUGCCGGUAUGAUGGAUGGUGGACGAUCACACGAGCCACGAAGAGGCGCACCUCACGCCAACAUCCCGCAGCCGGCAGAAGAGCCCGAUGACCCAAUGGAGAUUGACAGCAGAGGAAAUGGUCACGGUCAGACGGAGGAGAUGAUUCAGGAACAAGAGCGGAGGAUUCGAGAGACACAACAGGGUCUGUGGGGGAAACGAUAG